AUGCCACGGGCCCAAGAACAAAGUAUACCAUACACGAUCUUUAAGUUCGCUGCUACGGAAAUUGAAACACCUGCAACAUCCCCAGAGACCAACUUGCUGCCUGAACCCCAAAUCCUGGCAAAAAGAAAUAAAGCCCAGACUCUUGCUAUCCAGAAGCAGAAAAGAGCAGUCAGCACGCAAAGCAUGAUCAACAAGAACUGUGCAAACUUGGUCGAGGGUGGCUUCACUUACAACAGGGACGAAGCUAUGACUCUUGCAGAAGAUCAACAGGAACGCGCUGCCUUUAAGGCCACCAUUGCUGACUUAACUGGAAAGUUGGAAAAACUGGCCGCUGACUACCAGUCAGUAAUGGAAAAGCUUAAUAACUUACUUGCCAAGCACGACGCCAGCACUACCAGAGCAACCUUUGCACCCACUGGUAAAGACUUGCUGAUGGCAUCUAAGCAUGCCCCAAAAACCCUGAUGAACGACGACAGCAGCAACAAUUGCACCCAAUGUGCCAACUGCAACCCCGUCACUGACAACAGCAACAACAACAACAAAAGCAGCAAUAUCACUACAGAUAGCACUGCCACACCCACUCAGACUUCAUAUGCUAUGCAAGCCAAGAAGGGCAUAGAUGCCAAACAGGCCAAGCAGAACGUCCAAGUCCGCAGAGUCCAGAGACAAAGACUCCUACAAAAACCAACUGGCCCAUCUGCAUACGAAUUUGUGUACCUCCCGGCCAAAAGAUAUAUCAAGUACCAGGAAAUGAGAAAAAUCCUCAGCUCUUUUAAGAUCCCCACCUCCCGCAUCCUAGACAUCCAAUUCCCUGCCAGAGGAACAGUAGCUCUUCUCAUCAACAGAGAGUCUCGCAAAGAACUCAUCACACUACUAGGAAAGGCCAAAGUGACCCCACUGUACAACUUUGAUCCCACCACCACCAACGUGAUCGCCGAUCCCAAGUUGAAAGAAGAAUCCAUUGAGGUUAGGGCAAGAAAAGCCCAGGCACUUUUUGACGCCCGACUGGUAAAGGUCUGCCUCCGCAUGCCAACAUACCUUGGCCACAGCAUCAUCCAAUACUUCUCGUCACCAAAGGCUGUUAAUCCACCAAAACGCCAAUCACCACAACUCAUGAAUAGACUGAAGAUCAGUUUAUUUAACGCCAAUGGACUACGGCCCAAAUUGGUGAAUGUGAUAGAUGCUUGUGAGACGAACGAUAUUGAUAUUCUUUUUGUUACAGAGACUUUUCUGCCUGAGAGCGCCCCUGCUCUCCAGUGCCCUUGGACCCAGAUACACAACUUUGCUAUUCCAAUGACGUCACCAAAGCCAAUGGACGGCAUCUCACUACUUAUAAGGCCAGAUUUUUCUCAUCAUGUACACCCCCUUCCAAUCAUUAACCCCCACGUUGUAUCAUGUAGGAUCGAUCCCUAUACUAUACACUGCGUAUACCUCCCACCACGAUUGACAUCCUCUGAGUGUCAAGAGCGGCUGGAAUUGUUAUCCAUCAACAACUUCACUAUUGUUUGCGGCAACUUCAAUGCUCGACUACACCACACAACUGGGGACACUCGAGGAGGACCACGAAGUGAAAUUAUGGCAAACUGGAUUAGCAAGGAGCAAUUCCAUGAUAUGCAGAUGAAAAUCCAUGACGAACUCGCCUUGGACUCUGACCACCACCUUUGUGAGUUAUUCUUUCAGCCUGUGUUCAUACCACAGCUCCUGACAGAAAACUCUGUCUGUCAACUUUGCAAGCUUCAACGACUGGAAAUCGAAGAGGUCUACAAAAAAUACCAAAGACGGUUUGAAGUGGAUUCAGAAACUUCCAUAUUGUGCCCUGUUGUCUUGGAGGCCUAUUCAGAACGUCUCAAUGAGAUGAUCUAUAAGGCUUUGGAUGAUUCUGUUGGGCAAGCAUCACCACGACCAAAAGUUUGGAAGAACUUUUGGAAUGCCGAAUUAAAACACCUAGCUGACCGGCGUCAAGAACUUUACCAUUGGCUACGCUGGGUAGGCAAUGACUUUGAACGCAUUAAAGCCCAUGCUGAGUAUGUUGCAGCAAACCAAGAUCUGCGAACAGCAGUUCAGGCUCCUUCAGAGAUGGUGAGCACGUUAAAGAGAAUGAAGAUUCAGCAACGAUCUCCGAUUUCUCUGACAUCUCCAGAAGGACCACUUACAGCCGCUAAUAACAUGAUCGACCACAUUGAAAAUGUUUUUGGUGGACCUAUGGAAAUACGGACUAAACCGGAGGUUACACCAUUGGAAAGGGAAGUACCAUGGGACGUAGACCAAGUCAAAGAAGCUAUUCGUCAUUUGCCACGAUGGAAAGCACCAGCUAUUGAUCAUAUUAGAGCAGAGAUGCUCAAGCCUCUUGUAUCAACUCUAGGUCCUCUACUUCACAUGCUCUUCAAGCUGUGUUGGAGAUGCCAAGGGAUAGAUCGAGCCGACAUGUUCCUUAAGUCACAGCAAAAAGCUUGUGCAGCAAUGCAUAAGCUUAGUAGCUCGGGUGUACACAUGAACGGUUUUGGUCUCCCUGCGGCUCUCAGAGCUUAUCUCAUUUUUAUCUGCCCCAUUCUUGAGUACGGCUUAGCCAUUGUUCCUGCUAGCUGGAGUGACGUUCAGAUCCUGCAGAAGGCCCAAAAUAUAUGUCUUCGGACAUAUAUUCGACGGCCCAAUGCAACGAUGAGAGUUGUUUAUAUCGCUGCAUUAGCUGCUCUACCCAACCUAUUCACCCGUUCCCAUGCUCUUCAAGCCAAAUUUCUUCGUCGUGCUGAAAAACUACCUUCAGAACCCCUGAUCAAAGCUCUUAUCACACAGCUGGACCUUUCCAAAGAAAAAACGACAUGGGGUGAGCUUCGUCAUAGUGUACUCUGGAAAAAAACCCAAUUGCUGAAAGAACAUCAACCUCAGUUGAAGGACCCAUUAAAAGAAGCUUAUGUUCUACUGUGCCAAAAAGAAAUCGACAUGAAACUUGCGAGCGUUAACCAUCUGGUAACUGUUGCUAGAGGCUUGUGCAAACCUGUCUGGGAUCCAGUCUUACUACUGCCCUGCACUCGCUCAGAACGACGCUGCCUGAUCAAAUGGCGAAUUGCUUGGCUACCACCUACACCAUCAGUUGAGUGCCAAUGUGGCACUAUCAAGGGUCUUUCAAAUUGCCUGUUACGUGGUGCGAUUGGUGACCGUGCUUGCUUGCCUUGCUACGUGCUGUUGAUCAAACCACCUCAUUCUAUAAACUGCCAGAAGAAAAAGCUCAUGGUCAAAUCCUCAUCGACCUUGCAGCAAAAUUCCGUGCCACAAAAUCAACCUGUCCCCACUGCAUCCCACCGCCCACCCAAGAACCUGUUCCUGGUGAUCUGUUCCACCAUCUUCUCUCCGAAAUUUCCACCAUUCCUCGUCAACCCCCUCCAUCUGUGCCCGCCCGAAAUUGUGCCUAGGAGGACUGACUUGGUCUGGUAUCGUUGUGUAUUCUGGAUCUAUAAAUGGAUCGUCCAAGUUUCUAAAAGGAAUCCCUCUUUGGAGUUCCUAUCCCUGCUGAAAUCCGUUCCCAAUUCUGGUGCCCUUUCAUCGGGUAGCCAAUAUGCUAAAAUGCGCAAGGCCUAG